AUGAUGGGGAUACACAGUCCUCUCGAGGAGCUAUGGCGCCACAUAUCGAGGCAACCGUGCCCAAAGGAGAAGCUGAUUCUAAAUGCGUUCGUCGAGAUGUGCAGUGGCCACCAAUCGCCGGUUGAACUCGCCAAGCUGCUCGAAGAUGCAAAGUUUCACGGGAUAUUCAUUGCCGAUGUGCUGGGUGGAUACGAUGUCUACAAGUCUCUCGAUCCGGCAGUCGCUUCAGGCGCUCAGUGGCCCGUGUUGGAGCCACUCGUUACGGUACCAGCCAUGGCUGCAGCAACAAAAAGCAUUGGGAUCGGAGCCACCAUCUCAACCACGUACGAUUAUCUGGACUCAGCAGCACGCAACCUAGGGCACACGGAACAACCUGCCCACGACGACCGCUACGCCCAAGCAGAAGAGUACAUCAAGGUAAUGUACAAGCCCCUCAACUCCCCCUGGCGCGACGACGCCGUCCAGCUCGACCGUGCCCGCGGCAUCUACACGUUCUUCGCCGUCCCGGGCCCGCACACCGUGCACCCGCGCAGCUCACGCCGCUCCUCCUCCUGCAGGCCUGCACGUCGCGGCCGGGCCGCCAUCUUCGCCGCCCAGCACGCCGAGGCCGUCUUCGUGUCCGCGGCACGCCCCUGGCCAGCCCUCUGCGCUGCGGGUGACUUUGGGAGGGGGGCGCCAGCGCGCACUGUCGGCGUGCUUGCGCUGGUUACGCCUGUGCUCGGCAACACGGAGGAGGGGGCGCCGGCAAAGCUGGAGGAGCUUAGGAGGUAUGCGUCGCUUGAGGGGGCGCUGGCGCACUUUGGUAGGUGGAGGGGCAUCGACUUGGAUCAGUACGGGGACGAUGAGGAGCUGAGGGAGGUGGAGAGCAGCGCGGCCUAUGCCCUCUUCCCGCAGUCCUUCAAGGAUAUUAUUGACUUGCUGAUUCCCGAACUUCAGCGGAGAGGUCUGUUCUGGACGGAUUAUGCGGUUCUGGGAGGGACUUACAGGGAGAAUUUCUAUGGCGUGGCAGGACAGAAAUAUCCGCCCGACGAGCAUGUCGCGGCCAAAUACAGAUGGGCCGCAGGUGUGCCUGCAAGCGAGCAUCAUAUCCCAGAGUAAUUAGGGGAUGGGAAAAACCACGCAGAGACUGGCAAACAGACUUCCCCAAUUAAGCUUGUCCGUUAACAGCAUGAGGGAGAUUCCGCGGCUCCCAUGGUAAUGUACUGGACUAGAAGCCGAGAAUCACAUUAUCAUAUCAACACAGAUAGGGCAAAAAAAAGUUGCAAAGG